AAUUUUAUUAAAAAUAAUAUCGUGAACUUAUUAUGCUUCAUCAACAAUACCAUUAGGUGAAAGGCACUUUGUACCCUAAUUACUAUGAUAAUAGACAGACAAAAUUAUCUCUAAUAUAUUUAUAAAUUUUUCUAAACAUAUCUCUAGGGUAAUUUUUGAGUGAAAAUGGUUCUUUUGUGAAUUAAGUAUUUUAUGUUCUGCUUGGGAGACUUUCGGAACAGGCAGAGCGGGUGACGUCAAAAGGCAACACACCCAAUCUCGAGUAGAGUCAAGCAGGCAUAAAAUCAUCGGCCCAGAAACGUUAAGUUUUCGUCCCUUGGGGGAUAGAACGUAUUUUAGAUUCGGUGUCACGUGACCGGCGAUGAAGGGUAUUUAAAGUGAGCGAAAAUUGAAUGGAUCACAUUCGCUUUCCCUUCUAUCUAUCUGGUUCUAUCGCUGAAGUAACCGAGAUUCAGCAUGAAAUAUUCUUGGGGUGUGCUAGGAUUAUUUGUCCUGGCUUUUUGCUGCUGUUCUCUGGCUAAAGAAGAAAAGGAUGAAGCGACCGAUCUGGUAGCUGCAGCUUCGCACCAUCACGGUCACGAUUACCAUCAUCACGAAGGACAUUGGAAGAAAGGACACGACGAACACGGCGAUCACGGACACGGCCAUAAACACGGACACGGUGAUUGGGGACAUUGGGAUAAACACGGAGGACAUCACCACCACGACAAAGAAGGUCAUCAUUGGGAUAAAUUUGGCAAACAUCACGAAGGUCAUCACCACGACGGACACGAUCACCACGGCGGUCACGGACAUCACGCUUGGGGAGGACACGGACACCACGGUCACAAAAGCGGCGGACAUCACUUCCACGAUAAGGGACACAAAAAUCACGGAUUCAAGAAUUCUUACCACAAAGAAGAACACGGAGAUCACAAAUCGUACCACGACAUUGCCGGACACGGAGAUUACCACAAGAAUCACCACGACGAAGAUCACUGGCACAAACAUCACGGUGGAAAAUACCACAAGCACCAUCACGGAAAAGAUUAUCACGGAGAUCACGAACACGGAGACAAAUACCACAAACACGGCCACGGAGGCCAUCAUAAUCAUCACGGUGGAGACUACAAGAAGGGCGGCCAUCAUUUCGACAAGCACUGGGGACACAAACACGGAGGUGGACAUCAUCAUCACGAUCAUCACGAACACGGAGGACACGGUCAUCAUCACGGAGACGGAGGACAUCACGGAGGACAUCACGGAGGACAUCACGGAUGGUGAACAGUUUGUGUCUGAGAAUGUCAUGAAGUGUGCUCAAGACAGAUCACUAAGUCACAUUAUUGGUUUUGAUGAAUGGUUAUUAGAUGCUGCUCGCUUUAAUGUAUAUUUUUCGACUUUUCUAUCGCUUAACGACGUGGAUAAAAACAAGAGACACUUUUUAUUUGUUUCCAUUUUUUUCUAUAUUUUUUUAUCAGGACGGGAUUAACUGAUAUUGGUAGGUUAUUUACCUGUAACAAAACAAUGAAAUAUGUACAAAUUACACGAGCCAAAUAUGGUUAAUUAUUAUUUACAAUA